AUGUUUGAUCCAGCACAUUCAGUGCAUCGUCCCUCACCUGGCAUGGGGAGCAGUACGCUGGGUACCAUGCAUUUUACCCGGGCAAAGGCACAGAGGGGAAAUGCCGAGAGCGAAGAUGGAGGCGAAUCCACGAACAAAAGUGCUGGUAAGAUGGACAGUCUCAAGCCUGUUAAACAACACAUUCUGUGGAAAAACAAGGCUAAGAUGCUCCAGUCUCGGGUGGAUGGGCUGCAGGAGGAAAAUGACUUGCUGAGGAAGCCACUUGAAGAGAGGUCUGCACGAGAACAAGAUGGGAACAUUGAGAUAAUGGCCACUGGAGAUGAGGGGCCACCGGCCAUGAUGGUGGACACCAGCACUGACACUAGCACUGAUUCAAGCUCUGACUCCAGCACUGACUCCAGCUCCAGCUCUACCUCUGACUCUUCAGAUAAGGAAAAGAAGAAAAAGAAGUAUAAAAAGAAGAAUGGCAAGAAGAGAAGCAAAAAAAGAAAGAAGGAAAACAAAAAGGCAAAGAGGUCAGGCGGAAAAGGAGAGCGAGUUGCCUCAAUCUCGGAUGUGGUGAAAAGAUAUCGGCGUGUCCUCAAACAUGUGCAAAGAGGCUUCAGGAUGACCACAGCUUUCAAGAAAGCUCGCGUUUCAAGAAAUGCCGUGAAAGACACGGCAGCAAUUGCAGAGAUUUACAUAGCUGACAAAAGUCUCCUAAGCCAGUUCAAGGGUAAAUACACACUUCUGAAACUAGCGCAAAUUUGUCAGAAAAAAAUAGUUGGUGAGCUGGCAGAAAAGAUAAUUGAAAUGAAAAACAACAAACAGCUCAUCCCCUUUUCUGCCAAGAAAGCCUGAAUGUAUGCAGGAUGUAACAGGAUGUUAGCAGGAUAUUUUUGUUUGUUUGUAAGAUUGUUAAACAGGCAAGUUUUAUUUUUUCAUAAUGUGAAAUGUUGGUGUGCUGAUGGUGAAGUUGCGUGACCCCUAUACGGUGACAUGGUGCUGCCAGUGCAGCAUG